CUUCCAUCGUCUGUAGACUAUCACCACGAAUAUCGAACUACACUACAUACCUACCUAAUGUCUGAGCACGUCUUUACCCCCAUCAAAGGAUCUCCUGAGGUCAAUGACGUUACCGUGAAAUUUUCGGACGAUGAAGUCAGCAACCUCAACACGCUCGUAAAGCUGUCAAAACUCCCGCGCGAAACCUAUGAGGGCAAGCAUCGCCAGCUUGGCGUCACCAGUGCCUGGAUGCGGGAUGCUAAGGACAAGUGGGAGAACAACUUCGAUUGGCGUGCCACAGAAGCCAAGCUCAACGCGCUCCCGCAAUGGACGACCAAAGUCGACGAGAUGACGAUCCACUUCGUAGGGAUCCGGUCAGCACACGCAGACGCAGUCCCAAUCUUGCUGCUGCACGGCUGGCCAGGCUCAUUCUACGAGUUCUACCCGCUGAUGCACGAGCUGCGCAAGAGCACCACUCCGCACUUCACCAUCAUCGCGCCGAGCCUGCCGGGGUACAUGUUCUCGUCGCCGCCGCCGACCGACCGCGACUACACGCAGGGCGACGUCGUAACCCUGCUGCACCGCUUCAUGGCCCAGCUCGGCGUCGGCCCGUACAUCGCCAUGGGCAGCGACAUGGGCGCGCAGGCUGCCCGGGGCCUCACCGCCCACGAGGCGUGUCGCGGUUGUCACCUCACGAUGUUCCUCCCGCACGCAGCGGCGCGGUGCGCGGUCGCGGAGUUACCGCCGCACGAGGCCGAGGGCCUCCAGCGCGGGAAGCUGUGGAUCGAGAAGUCCCGCGCCUACUCGAUGAUGCACGCGACGCGCCCCAGCACCAUAGGCCACGUGCUCGCGAGCAGUCCGCUUGCGCUGCUGGCGUGGAUCGCCGAGAAGUUCCUCGAGUGGACGGAUGAUGACCCCGACGUGGGGUUGGUCCUCGAGAUGGCGAGUCUGUGGUGGCUCGCGGGGUGCUACCCUACGAGUAUAUACCCGUACCGCCAGCUUAUGAAUCAGACUGAGGCGUGGAGGGAGGAGUUUAAAAUCAGGAAGCCGUUUGGGUUCAGCUGGUUCCCGAAGGAGGUCACGCCCCAGCCGAGGGCGUGGAUUGAAGGCGAGGGAGAUAUGGUCUUCUUCAAGACUCACGAAAAGGGUGGUCACUUUCCCGCAUUCGAGAAGCCGGUCGAGCUGGCGGAAGAUAUCGUUGAGUUUGCGAGGGCGUUAGACGUCCGGGAGAAGGAGAAAGCGUGAGAGACAUGCUGGUGGUACAAAGUUUGUAGAUGGCUCGAGCAAAUUGAGAGUGGACGGAAGUCAAAAUGAAAGAGGAAAAGGCCUGUUUUGCACA